ACGGCGAAUUUUAGUGGAGGAUGGUAGAAAAGCGCUGUCUUCCCCUUCGGAUUCGCAUUCCCUUGCUUUUCGACCCCUCUGAACCGCACGCGCAGCCUAUCUUUACUAAUCUGUUGCUCUGUAAGUCCUCUAGACAGCAGGGCCCUUUUGAAGCUAGCUGGGCUUGGAGACGAGCAGGUGGUUAAGGUGGCCCCAGCGUCGACUUUUCAACCACGACCUCAACCACAACCACCGCACCAACGAAAUCACACGACUACCGCUAUCUCUAUCGGAGGUUUGUCGGUUUGGAGAUUGGCCCUUGAUCCCUAGAUCGUGGGUCGAAUUUUCCCUCUGUUGGCGAAGGAAAAUUACGACGCAAGGGAUACACAGCAAUCAUGCUCGCCGGAGAAUAUGACCCCCCACUUGCUCCGCAGAGGUUCGCUGCCGGAUACAUCAUUCUUUCGUAUUUCGUCUCCUUCCUUGGCUCACUUUCGACUCUUGAACUCCUCCAGAGAAGAACUUCUCACAGGGGCUUAUACAAUUGGUGAGUGAACGUCCGCACAUCCCGUUUUUUUCGCACCGAUUGGCUAGCCACGGGUCUCGAUGGCUUGGGAACAAACCUCGCAUCAAGGGCUUGUUGCUCACUUCCAAGUAGGUAUCUUCUCCUGGGGUCGUCUGUGACAAUGGGCGGCGUGGCUAUUUGGUCUAUGCACUUUGUUGGGAACCGUUCGAUAGUGCUUUACCCCAACUCUGUUGGAACGGAUCAACUUCAGCUCGCGUACAGCUCGACAUUUACAGCUCUAUCAUUCUUCGUCCCGAUUCUUGUGCUAUUCCUUGCAUAUCUCUUGAUAGGUACCAACGAGGAUGUGGGCUACAUUCGGCUCGGGUUUGGUGGAACCUUUGCUGGUUUGAGCAUUUGUGGGAUGCAUUAUCUUGUGGGUAGCCCCUGUCACUAAUUCUCACUCGCAUGUCUGAUUUUCCCCCUUUUCUAUUAUUUAGGGGCAAUCUGGCAUUGAGAAUUAUCGGUCGCACUAUGCAGUCAACUAUGUAGUCGCCUCGAUUUUCAUUGCUGUAUCCUCAACGAUAGGAGCCCUGGCCAUAUUUUUCAUUCUGCGGAAGAAUUUCACGAACAAUUGGUACAAGCGGGCUCUCUGCGCCAUGAUCCUUAGUGGUGGUGUUAGUGGCAUGCAUUGGUGCGCGAGUGUUGGGACGCGAUACCAAUUAAGAGGGGAUUCCGGACUCAAUCGUGAUACUAGAAACGCGACUGUCAUUAUUACAAUUGUCUUGGUUAGUGCUUUGUGUUCUGUGCUGUCUUGGAAUGGGAACGGAAGCUUACCAAGUUACCAGUCGGUCUUCGUGUGUGUCCUUCUGUUGGCGUUUGCCGUCGUGACGAGCAGGGCGAGGAAGAUGGAGGGUAUCCGCGCACAAAAGAUUGUUCUAGCGUCAGCAACUUUUGAUCACGAUGGGAGGUUAAUGGUCUUACCGGACGGAACAUUGCCAAUUAAGGAGGUUACAGACUGUUUUGAGGAGAAAGUAUUAGGCCCUAAGGGUACGGGUUAAAUACCAUUGUACUAAUUCCUGCUGCGCAAUUUAGUCAUUUGAAGAGACUCUUGGAAAAUCACAUCCGGUAUUCCACUGGAUAUAUCAGACCACACGAAAUUGGAAAUCCUUGUCUGGACUGAUAGGAGGCAUGAGACAGCAUCUCCAACACUACAAUCCCAAUAGCCACACUGCGGAUUUCGUCGAGGACUAUUCAUUUGUUUUCCGCGAGAUGUUUUGUAUCGCUGCCCAGGACUUGGCCGACGGGACGCAUAGGAACUUGGACGACUUGGGUGUCCUCUAUGACGAGAUAAUCACGACUGGGGUUAGUGUGAGCAAUAUGAUUCCUGGGAAAAAUUCAGAAUAUACGGACGUUGAGGCAGGCCACGGGAAAGGAAAAAUUUUAUUUCUGAUAAAGAAAGUAGCCAAGGAUGAAGCUGCGAAUCUAACGAGCACGGGUUAUCGGUUUACGGAUAUUAGCAAUGUUCUUGAAAUCAUCAGCAGGUCAACUCAGGUCCCCAAGGAAACGCUGAUACAUCACCUCAGCUCGAUGAAAACAUACAACUCGCCGGAGCGUAUGCUUCAACCAGGAGUUCAUGUUGGAUGUUUUGCGGUUCGUGCGAACGUCAACAGCGGCUUCGAGAUCCUGGUGCGUGUUGAUCGACAAGACUCUCUCCCGACCGCCCAGCUAUCAAUGUCAGCACUCGAAACUCGACAUAUCAAGUUUUUGAAAGAAAACGAAGGUGUGGGAGUGGGACGUCUCCUCAGUGACAUGGGUGCUGAAGGUGGCGGCUCACACUCACUCCAGGCGCUCAAUGAUCCUCCAUUUGUGGAUUCACUUAAGGAGGCUCUCGAGAGCUUGAGUGACGACAUCGGAGACCCGUUUUUUGCCGACUCUGUUCUCGUUCCACAGUCUAUUGCAGUCCCAUGCCAAAUUACUCCCGAAAACGAUUCAGGUGUUGCGAUCAUAAUAGUUUUCAAAACGUUGAUGCCAGUUCAUGCGCGUGCAAUCAACGAAAGCCCGAAGAUGGAUUUCGUUCCUUUUCGAUUUUUUUCAUUGCAACAAAGAUGUUUCCCAUACUCAGUCGAUGAUGAUGUCCAUGCCCGGAACACGCAUCGGGAGUUCUCUGGGAAGGCGGCGGAUGUGCAAAAGCCUACCCGUACUCUAUCGAAGAGAGGGCUCAGGGAUAGUUUGAUUCCUUGGCCGAAUAGUGGACAUCGUUUUUUGUCACCGGGCUCUAGCCGCCCCUCAACGUCUUCGGAGAAGAAGCUUGUCACCACCAGCGACCUCAGCCCCAGUACGAGCCUAAAUCCAUUCGCCUCUGGAGGGAUUAUGGUUUCUCAAACAGUUUCGGUCGAACAUGCUGAAGCCAAGAGCCCUAUGGAGUUGCAACCCAUGGGACCUAGCUCAGCUAUCACAGUCAAGGAUAACGAUCAGGAAAUGCCCACUUGGGUUGACAUCCUCUUUAAAGCGGUGAUGAGCACUUCUCCGGGGCAACACUAAGCCAUCAUGCUACGUUGAGCUUCUUAGAUUGGCUAUGUAAUUAUAUGGGAAACUGUUGGUCCUUUUUCCCCUUUUUUUUCUCUCCUUCGAUAAGCACUUUUUGGGGUAUAUAAUUCCCAACCUCCUUGCUGCUCGAUUUUCAUUCUGCUUCUAUUGAUCAUUUUCCAUUCUCUCAGAAAAUUCCUUUACCAUAACUUUAUUUAUUUUACGAGCAGGACGAAGUUGUGUACGGGAUUGGUUCUGGCGUUUUUUCUGGGCUCUUUGCAUUUUUCCCCAUCUUGGAACUCCUUUUUGUAAUUACACCGCAUCCUUUGGCAUAUACCCUCUUAUAACCCCUUUUUUCCUACCCAUCUAGCCUAGGAAAGCUAAUGAUCGUGUACAACUCUUUCCUUUUACCCCUUUCCUUUCUUAACCACGUUAAGUCGGCCUAAAAUUACUCCAUACCGGGAAAGGCUGCAUAAUUCGCAUUUGCUUCGGGGGGGGGGGCAUUCCUGUGGAGAUACGAUACCAUCGUGCCGAGGAAAUAAACAAAAUAAUUACUCGC